UUCCUUAAUAAUAUUAAGAAACGUUAUUUGUCAAACGUAAUGAAAGGCUUUUAUAUUUAAUUUCUUUACGGGUCCUUUAAGCGCAAAGUAAACAGGUUUGGCAGGUGUAUCGGAAGUGAUCGCAAUCUACACCAGGUGAGACUACAUAAAAGUCAGCUUGAAACCUCGAGAAGUCGUCUUUUCUGGAAAAUAGUCCGGUUUUCAUAAUGAAUAAUCCCAUUCCUGCUAAUCUCAAGUCUGAGGCCAAGAAGGCCGCCAAGAUCCUCAGAGAAUUCACUGAAAUCUCCAACAGAAUGGGGCCUGACAAACUUAUUCCAGCUCAUGUCAUUGCCAAGGCUCAGGGACUGGCAAUCCUGUCAGUCUUCAAAGCAGGUUUCAUGAUCACUGCGAGGGGCGGCAGCGGGAUAGUGAUUGCAAGACUCGCUGAUGGAAGUUGGUCUGCUCCUUCAGCUAUUGGUAUUGCUGGACUCGGUGGAGGAUUUGAAAUUGGGUUGGAGUCAUCAGAUUUUGUCAUCAUCUUGAAUCAGAGGAGAGCUGUGGAGGCCUUUAGUAAAGGAGGAAAUCUGACUCUUGGAGGAAACUUCACUGUGGCCGUUGGGCCUCUUGGCAGAAAUGUGGAGGCAGAUGUGGCGGUUCGCAGUACUGCGGCCGUCUACUCUUACUGCAAAUCCCGCGGCCUCUACGCUGGAGUUUCUCUCGUCGGAUCUUACCUCAUUGAGCGCAAGGACACCAAUCGGAAGUUCUAUGGGCAAGACAUUCGUGCUUCUGCUAUUCUCAAUGGCGAUGUAGAACCACCACCUGAAGCCUAUGAUUUGUACACCAUUUUACAGGACUACACUGAGAAAUACACCACCGACUGGCAGAACAAACACAUGCGGUCUUCAAGCAAGGUGAGUUCAGCACCAGCUCGACCAAGGCCUCCCACACAGAAAUCUGCCUCCUCGUACACACCCAGGACACAGGCUCCUCCAGCUGUGAAGCCUUCUCUCUAUCCAAAUUUGAACAGCUGGGAUACUGGUUCAGAUCAGGCAUCAGGUGGAGCUCUGGUAGUCACGGCUGUUCAUCCUUUCACCGGCCAGCAGCCUGGAGAUCUGAGCUUUAAUGCUGGAGACCGAAUCACUGUUGUCACCAAAACAGACUCUCAGUACGACUGGUGGGAAGGUGAAUUAAAAGGGCAGGUUGGGAUCUUCCCUGCCAAUUUUGUGUCGUAUAGUUAAAAGUUCUUAAAGCUAAAAUGGAUAACAAUCUGGCAUUGAAGGGUCCUUUUUCUUUUGCACAGUUUGAAAUGAUGGUGUAUAUUUAUAGUAGCACUUGUGGCAGGUGUUACCAACGGGUGUUACUUUAAUGGGUCGUAUUAUUGGAUGAAAAUGGGUGCUUUUCUAUAUUUAAUAUAUUUCUAUAUUACAGUUUAAUAUAUUCUUUUCAUAUUUUUAUGUUGGCUGUUCACUCAUUUGUGGGUUGACUAGAGGAUCCAGGUUUAUAGAUUUCUACUUUUUAUACUAUAAACAAUAGAAUACAAUCAUGUUUGAACACAGUAAUUGCAGUAUGACUGAAACACAAUGUUUUUAAGCACCAGGUAUUUAAAUGAUCAUGCAUUUACAGUAUGUUUGCCGUUUGUUUUGUUUUUUCUGAUAACAAAGCACAAGUGUUGUUACAUAUGAUGGUUAUGAAGAUUACGGAAAUGCCUUAUUUAGGAACUUUUUCCACUUAACAUCUGCCUUAAUUGAAAUGCUGCUUUUUUAAAUGAUGUUUUUAAGGAAGCUUAAUGUUUGAUUUUCUUGCUUUUAAUGCCUUGCUCCUUACAUGAAGACUAAUCAAACGGAGGAUUGUUUUGAUUUAAUAAAGCUUACUAAGUU